UGACAUACUAUCCGGAAAUGCAGCAGAAGUUGAGACAAGAGAUUGAGUCCCAAAUCGGAGACCGAAUGCCAACACAUGAGGACAGGAAUCGAUGCCAUUAUGUCAUGGCUUUCAUCGCUGAGACACUGCGGGCCAGAAAUGUGGCCCGUUUUGGGGUCACCCAUAAGGCUGUGGUGGACACCAAAAUAGAUAAUGUAUUUGUUCCGAAAGGCACUGAUGUGUGUCUAUAUCAGGGAAUUAUAUUAGAUUCACCCGAGUAUUGGCCAAAUCCUGAACUCUUUACACCCGAGAGAUUUCUAGACAGUGCGGGACGUUAUAUAACCACUCGACCCAAAGCCUACAUACCCUUCGGUGUGGGCCGUCGGGUCUGUUUGGGCGAGAAGUUAGCCAUCGCUGACCUGUUCCUGGUUUUGGUCCGAUUUCUUCAGUCCACACAAGACUACGAUAUAGUGCUCGACAGUAACAGUGGUGUCGAUCCCGACCCUAAUAUCGCCGAAUCAUUUGUUCCGAAAGACUAUAAA